AUGCCAGGCGGCAACUGCUCCGACGUGGUUGCAUUAAUCAAUGCCACGAACACCUACCGAGCUUGGCACCAAGCCCCAAACUUGGCCUGGAGCAACACGCUGGCGGCAGACGCCCAGGCCUAUGCCGAGGAGCUCGCGGCGAAUCAGUGCGAGCUGGAGCACGCGCCUGUGGGAGGGGAGUGCCUGUACGGUUUGGCCUCGUACCCUAAGCCGGACUGGAGCUGCAAGCGUGCUGUCGACGCUUGGUACUCCGAGGUGAAGCUGUACGACUUUACGGCACAAUACCCGUACGACUACAACAUACCCCGCGGCACGGGUCACUUCGUACAGCUGGUGUGGCGCAGCUCUGCCGUGUUCGGGUGCGGGGUGGGCAAGGCGGAUGUGCCCAUGAGCCGCAUGCCGGGAGGGUACGGCGGCUGCAAGGUUGUCGUCUGCCGCUUCCAGAGCGGCUUCAAGGCGAGUAACUCACAGUUUCAGCUGAACGUGUUCCCCCGUGUCUAUUGA